CUGCUCGUUCUCAACCUCACGUACGCUCCCAGCCCAGGAGUCCGCUCCUCCCAGGCACAAGCAAAGCAGCCGCUCGUGGAGCUUCCCGGUGACCCUCCCGACAGUGUGCUCUCUGCUAGUGGCUCCAGCUCCUUCACCCUCUCCUUCACUCCAUGUGCUCAUUAAUCUGAAAUUGGUUGGGGAUUUGAGCUGGGAUGGAUCCUGCUUGUGUUUCAGAAGGGGAUAAUUCAAAGAACCUGCAUAAAAUAGAUGUUACCGUCAACUCUUAUUUCGCCGUUCUUGAUGGUAAAAAGGUGUACAAUCGGGGCAGAACAAUAAAUUUGGUUGUGAAUCCAGAACACUAUACACUUAUUGAUUUAGAGAAAGAUGUGGAUUCAUAUUUCAAAUGGGGUAGCUGCCAAAAGCCAAUUUUCUGGGUUGUUGAAAAGGGUGACAAAUGGCAAUGUAAGUUGACUUCAGAUGCUCAGCUUAGUGACCUGGUAAGUUCAUUCGAUCUGGUGAAGUUAUUUAUGACAAUGGGAAGAUGUAAGGAGGGAGAGGAGACGCUGCAUGUUGUGACCGAUGUCCAUAUUAAAAAGGCCUGCUGGGAGACCAAGGAAGCAGAGAAUUAAGGCUAGUGGAGAGCCAGGAAAAAGAGGUCCAUAUCAAUGUAAAAGGUGCUUCAAGUUUGGACAUAUAGAGAAGGGAUGCAAUGCAACUCAAGCUGAACUAGAGCAGGAGCUUCCACCAUCUCGUCCAAAAAAACAAAAAAAGCAAAGCAAAACCAAAUCCGAAGCUUAUGAAAACUCCACAAAAGGUGCUGAGCCAUCAAACAUUGAUGUUGAUCCAAAACUAACUUCAAGCCCAGGUGUUACGACAAGAAGGAUGGUGUCCCUCUCUCCGGCAAGAGCAAGUCCAUGUGUUACCACAAGGAGGAUGGCGUCCCUGUUUCCAACCAGUCCGGGUGUGACAACAAGAAGGAUGGCAUUUAUCUCACCUGGAGGAAUCAACCGCAGGCUUAUCAUUGAUUAGUUGUAUUAGUGCAAUGUUAGCAUGUACUGUAACUUAGUUUAUGACAUGCUCCAUGGCUAGCUUUUGGGCAUUUGUCUAGUUACCAUGUGAACUAGGGUCUCUGUGAACUAUGAACAGCUUGUAGUCUUAUGCCAAGUCGUUAUGCACGGACAAAAUUAGUAUUAUAUCAUAUUUUAAUGUGUUUAUGGCC